AUGGCUUUUAAAGACACCGGGAAGACGCCCGUGGAACCCGAGGUGGCGAUUCACCGCAUUCGGAUCACGCUGACCAGCCGCAACGUCAAGUCCCUGGAGAAGGUGUGUGCUGACCUGAUCAGAGGCGCAAAGGAGAAGAAUCUCAAAGUGAAAGGCCCAGUCCGCAUGCCGACCAAGACGCUGAGAAUCACUACGAGGAAGACCCCCUGUGGGGAGGGCUCCAAGACCUGGGAUCGCUUUCAGAUGAGGAUCCACAAGCGGCUCAUCGACUUGCACAGCCCUUCCGAGAUUGUGAAGCAGAUCACUUCCAUCAGCAUUGAGCCGGGAGUGGAGGUUGAAGUCACCAUUGCAGAUGCUUAA